UUGAGUAAAUGCCACGUCUUACCAGCAGCAUCAACGCAGGGACAAAUAUCAUCAGUUUACCAAAACACGCUGCAUUCAGGACAGAGAGAAACCAGCGGCGCAGCAGGCACUGAUAUCGGACACUAUCCGGGGAAAAUAUGGGCUGUUUACGGCUGCUGGCACUGACACUGGCCACAUCUGCGGUACUCCUGCUAGCCUCCCAUUCAGCCGCCGCUCAUAGCCAUUCCCACGGCGACCAUGGACACGCCCAUUCCCACGGCCACCAUCACCACGGCCACCAUCACCAUCACGGCCACUCCCACGGAGCACACGAUGACCACGAGGAAGUGAGGAUGUUCCACGGAGCAAGCAAGUGGAGCGCCGAGGCCAACCUCCCUCUGCAUGGAGAGGAGGAGCACCACGGACACGCACACGAUCACGGACACGCACACGAUCACGGACACGCACACGAUCACGGACAUGCACACGAUCACGGACAUGCACACGAUCACGGACACGCACACUCACAUGAUCACGGACAUCAGGAGGAUGUCGUGCGAGUGCACAAGGAGGACAGUGGACACGGACACUCACAUGGAGGAGACAGGGUGAAGAGGGAGGCAGGAGGAGAGAAGAGGGACAUAGUGGAGCUCUGGACACAGGCCAUCGGAGCGACGCUGCUGAUCAGCGCUGCUCCGUUCCUCAUCCUGUUUCUGAUCCCAGUUCAGUCCAACAGCGACCAGCAUCAGAACCUGCUCAAGGUGCUGCUCAGCUUCGCCUCCGGUGGUCUGCUGGGUGACGCCUUCCUCCACCUCAUACCGCACGCUCUGGAGCCGCACUCUCACCACGGAGAGGGAGACCAUGGACACUCGCACGCAAGUGGAGAGUCACAUGACCACGGUCACUCCCACGGAGCCGCCCACGCUCACAUGAUGUCGGUGGGUCUGUGGGUUCUCGGCGGGAUCAUCGCCUUCCUGGUUGUAGAGAAGUUUGUGCGUGCGCUGAAGGGAGGCCACGGACACGGACAUUCCCACGGGCACUCGCACGAUGCUCCCAAAGAAAAGGACAGUGAUGGAGAGGAAGAAAAGGAGAAGAAGAAAGAGGAGAAAGGAAGCACAGAUGAGAAGGAGCCAAAGAAAAAGGAGACAAAGGGCACAGACAUCAAGGUGUCGGGUUACCUGAACCUGGCAGCCGACUUCACACAUAAUUUUACCGACGGCCUGGCAAUCGGAGCGUCAUUCCUGGUGGGUCCAGCUGUCGGCGCGGUAACCACCCUCACCAUCCUGCUGCACGAGGUCCCACACGAGAUCGGAGACUUUGCCAUCCUCGUCCAGUCUGGCUGCACCAAAAGAAAGGCCAUGUGUCUACAGCUGCUGACGGCCCUGGGAGCUCUGGCCGGCACAGCUUGCUCUCUAUUGGCUGAGGGCGUGGGCACCGCGGCGACCGCCUGGAUCCUGCCGUUCACGGCCGGCGGCUUCGUUUACAUCGCCACCGUCACCGUGCUCCCAGAACUGCUGGCGGGCCGAUCCAGUUUCGGCCAGUCCCUGAUGGAGAUCUUGGCACUCCUGUUCGGAGUCAGCAUGAUGGUUCUGAUCGCAGAGUACGAGUGAGACGCAGCGGCGUGGACGCGCAGAGAAAAGGUCAAAAACGGUUGAAAAAAAAAAAUGCUGGUUUUAAGUAGAGUCCAAGUGGAUUGUUAUUUGUCGGGGCUGCGUUUUCCUUUUUUUAAUACUGAUUCUGUUUUGGGACGAACACCACGUGCUGAUGGAUGAUUUUUGUUGUGUUGUGUUUGUUUUAGCAGUUCACGGUCACAUCCCUGAUUUGUGUUAGUGUUUCUUUUUCGGCUCCUUCUUCGCGGGAGAGACUGAGAGCUGGAAAUGAGCGACCUGAUGGAAACGCUUUA